AUGCCCGACAACCCUGAUUUAGCUGGUGUGACUGAAUCUUGGGAUUGGGUUAAAAGUCACCUAUUUUCUGUUUCCCCCCUCAGUAAAUUGGAGCACCAUGAAGUCCUCUACUCUGAGACGUAUGCUUACGAAGUACACGAACUCUUGGGCAGUGGCACCUUUGGGAAGGUUGUAAAAUGCGUAAAAAAAGGCACCAGCGAGAAAGUGGCCGUCAAAAUCUUGACGAACCACCCGUCCGUCACUGAAGAAGCUAAAGCUGAGAUAAACAUCCUGACCCAGCUGAGUAAGGAAUGCCCAGACAAAUUCAAUUUCGUCCAAGCCUAUGAGUUUUUUCUGCACAACAAUAACAUCUGCCUUGUGUUUGAGAUUUUGCAAAUGAGUCUCUUUAACUUUAUGGAGCAACACAACUUCGAGCCAUUUCCUGUGAAAACUAUCCGCCCUAUCGUGGAGCAGGUGGACACUGCACUAGCUAAGCUGAAGAGUCUAGGAAUAAUUCAUGCAGACUUGAAGCCAGAGAACAUCAUGCUGGUGGACAAUGCCACACACCCAUUAAAGGUCAAGGUGAUAGACUUUGGGUGUGCCUUCCAUGUGUCCAAGGCUCAAUGUCUGAGUUACAUACAAACACGAUAUUACAGGUAAGAAACAUUUGUUACAUAUACUUUUAUAAAAUGUUGUACAUUGAAAUACAAGGAAUAAUGUUAUUUGGGUCUGGUUCAUUUUUCUAAACAAAACCCCCGAAUCCAUUAAAAUCUGGUUAGAAAGGUCACAAUAAAAACCUUUUAUAAGAACCAAUAUUAAAACGUACAAGGUAAAAACCAUGCAAUAAACCGGGAGCUAGUAUCUAGGUUAAAGACAUAAUCAGUUUUAAAAAAAACAAAAAAAAAUAGAAACUAGAGAGCAUCCAAAUAUAAAACUAGUGUCUCACAAACUAAAAGUAAAUCAGUAAUGUACUAGAAAGCACCAUGAUAUAAUGCAGAAUAACAAUCCACUUGUAGAUAAAAGGGAUACAACGUAAAUAUAAAUUCAGACAUGGUGCAAUAAUAGUGUAGCAGCAGUCCCAUUUUUAAUAUGAAAGUCCACUAUGUGGCAGUAAAAGAAACAGAAGUCCAUGAAAUUAGCACUGCUAAAUAAUGUGGUGCUGAUGGUUUGCACUGUUUAGUAUACAAUAGUAGGGCAGGAGCUAGAUUAUGUUGGACGCCCUUUGUAGGCUGAGAUGUCUUGUGAUAACUCCUCGGCAGCCAGAUGGUGCAGAGCCGUGACUAACAUAAUAGUAAUAUUAUUUAUUUUAGCAAUUAAAGCCUAGUUAAUGAAAUUCAAACCAAUAUUUCAGGUGAUUUAUGGUUCUAAGAUAUGAAUUAUUUACCUAACCUUCUGAUAUCUCCCAUUUUUGGAAAUUUGCAGGUCACCAGAAAUUAUACUUGGUUUACCAUUCUGUGAGGCUAUUGAUAUGUGGUCUUUGGGAUGUAUCACAGCUGGGCUGUUCACAGGACGACCUUUAUAUCCUGGAGCAUCGGAGUAUGAUCAGGUGAGAUAUCCAGUGGCGUACACAUGAUCCAUGGGGCCCCGGUGCGAAAAUUGAUCCGUGGGCCCCUCCGCGCUUACUCGGCGCGGGUCGGGGCCGCACCACAUGGCGGCGGGCGCCUGGUCGCAGGGGUUGCAGGGCUGCGACCCCGCGACCGCGGUAUGCACACACACUUAAAGGACCACUACAGACACCCUGAUCACAUCAGCUCAAUGAAGUGGUCUGGGUGCCAGGUCCCUCUAGUUUUAACCCUGCAGCUGAAAACAUAGCCGUUUCAGAGAAACGGCUAUGUUUCACUGAGGGUUAAUCCAGCCUCUGGUGGCUGUCUCAUUGACAGCUGCUAGAGGAGCUUCCGCGAUUCUCACUGUGAAAAUCACAGUGAGAAGACACUGAACGUCCAUAGGAAAGCAUUGAGUAAUGCUUUCCUAUGGGCGGUUUGAAUGCGCGUGCGCCUCUUGCCGCGCAUGUGCAUUCGGAGCUGAGAGGCGGAGGGAUCCCCAGCGCCAAGGGAGUCCGACGCUGGAGAAAGGUAAAUGCUGAAGACACACACACUCUCAUAAACAGACGCAUACACACUGGCUAACAGACACACACAUUUACUGACAGAGACACACUCAGCGACAGACAUACAUACACACUCACUUACAAAACAUACACUUUCACUGACAAACACACUCAGUAACAGACACACACAGUAACACACUCACUAGCAGACACACACCCAAUAACAGACACACUCACUGACACACACACACUAACACUAAAACACACAUACAUACACUAACACACACACAUACAUACACUAACACACACACAUACACUAACACACACACAUACAUACACUAACACAUACACUAACACACACACAUACACUAACACACACAUACACUAACACACACACAUACAUACACUAACACACACAUACACUAAAACACACACACAUACAUACACUAACACACACACACACACACUAACACACACACAUACACUAACACAUACACUAACACACACACACAUACACUACAACACACACACAUACACUAACACACACACAUACAUACCACCACAUAUACACUAACACACACACACACACACUAACACACACACACAUACAUACACCAACACACACACAUACAUACACUAACACACACACACAUGAUGAAUCCCCCCCAGCCCUUACCUUUGAGUGCUGGGGGAUUCCCUGGGGUCCAGUGGUGCAGUUGGCUGGGGCUGUCUCGUGCCGGCGCUGAGAGCACUCACUGCUUCCUCUUCAGCUCCCUCGCGCGCCGCGGAGGGAUGACGGCACCGGAAGAUGACGUCAUCUUCCGGCUCCGGUAUCAGUGCGGUGCGCGAGGGAGCUGAAGAGGAAGCACUGAGUGCUCCCUCGCGCGCCGGCCACCGAGACAGCCAGCCCGCCGGGGUCAGCAGGGCCAGCAUCGGGGGGCCCUGGGGUGGCCGCCUCCUGGGCCCCCCAGGAGAAGAGGCUGGCCCUGUGGCUACAUACCGGGUCGCAGGGGCGGCCGGGCCCCCUGGUGGGCCGGGCCCGGUCGCAGCCACGACCCCUGCGACCUUGGUAUGUACGCCACUGGAGAUAUCUAUGUCUGAUAACAUAUGAAGGUCUCAGCUAAGAAUCCAGAAUUAGUUCACAUAGAAAGAUAUCAUGUGGCUGUUUAAUCAGCUUGUAUAGACAGCAGACAGAGUGCAAUGUACUCUAAAAUGGGAAAAUUGACAAUUUUGUUUAAAAUUAGUGAGGUUUAUUCACUAAACAAGGAAUUGUGGUGAAUUAAUAUAUACACAAUUGCAAAAGUUUGUCAAAACUGCAAAUUUGCUUGCCAAUCCAACUGCAGGCACAUCUUUAUAGCCUUAAUUUUGGAAUAUUAUUAUUAUUAUUAUUAUUAUUAUUAUUAUUUAGAAGUAUGUAGGUGUAUAAAUAGUUGGUUUAUUAAAUCUAACCAUUUUUAUUGUUCAAGAUAAACAAAUUUGAGUUAAAACUUGAUAAUAUUUGUAUUUUAACUGGGUGGGAAAUAAGUUGCCAAAUUGUUAUCACUGUGGCAAAGAAGAGGUUACAGCUGUUUUGAUUAAAAUAAAUUUUAAAAAAUUAAGAAAGAAAGAAAUCGCCAGGAAUACAAUGUGGAGGCAAGCAGAUUUGGUUCCACUGUUAUAUAUGUGGUAGGCAAAUAGUAAUAUCAUCCAAUAGGCUUUCAGCUAGGCAAAUAGUUUUUUGACCUUGUAAAACUCAUCUACCUUGGAAAAAAAAACUUUUGCCUUACUAGUAUUAGGCCCUCCCCCGUCAGGGUAAAUAAUGGGUAAAAAAAAAGGGCAAAUAAAGGGUGGCCUGGGAGAGUAUCGACUAGCAGAGGUUAGUUUUCAGCGGUUUCUGGGAGCAUGUUGGCAAGCAAGGUCCACUUUCCUUGAAGAAUUCUAGAUGGCUACUGGAGACAAAGUGCCACAUUUCUGGGGUGCCCGGGCAGCUAGUGGCAAAAGGGGCCACUUUACUGGGGUACUGGGGUGUGUAUUGGUGAGCAGGGGCCACUUUUUCCAGCUAUUCGUGAACAAAGGCCACUUUUCCUGAGUACCUGGGGCAUUUAUUGGCAAGCAAUGGCCACCUUCCUCUGGUUACUGGUCACCUAUUUGAAAGCAGGGGAUACUUUCCUUGAGGGGUUCCUAGGCAGUUAUUGACAUGCAAGGGUACAAUUUCCUAAGAUUUCUGGGUGUUCAUUUCUGAGCAGGGGUUUAUUUCUAGGGUUGUCUGAGUGGCUAUUGGUGAGAAGGGGCCACUUUCCUAGGUUGCUUGGGCACCUGUUUCUUAGAAAAGUGGCUUUGAAAUCUGGAAGAAAACAAAAAAGGGAAAAAAUGUGCAAAACUAUAAGCCUGAAUACUAGUUAAUAGAAAGGAGAAGUACUGUAUAAUAUCCCAAAAGGACCAGAAAACAAUGCUAAACACCCAAAAGUGUACCUCACAUACACCAAUAUAAUACAACAAAAAGGUAAAUCUAUACCACACCAACAAGUGGUAGUAUAGAUUAAAGGGGUAGCAAACAAAUAUCAUGAAACAUACAACCUGUAUGUAAUAAAACACAAUUCUUCAGAAGAUCUAAAAUAUAAAGAAAUCACAUAAUAGUGAAGGAUGUACAGAAAUAUAUAGUUCAAUCACGAAGGUAGAGAACUUACAAGACCAUACUGUAGAUCUGCGCUUAUCUCCCUUCUGUAGGGUAUCUGUUUUUAGGACAGUGUUUCCUUCAAGGUGAGCUUGCAAUGUAGACCAGAGGAAUAUAUUCGGAACACCCAAUCAUCAAAUGAAGAUUAAAUGAGCAUAUCUCCACUAACAAGUGGUACCAAGGAGAAGGAGUCCCUCUGUGGUAAAAAAUAAAAAGUAUAAUAUAAAAAAUAAAUAAUAAAAGCAAUGAAGAACCAAGAGCAAAUAGUUCUGGCUUGUAUCCAACGCGUUUCGUCUUAUAGACUUCUUCAGGGAUAUAAAAUACAGUCCAAAAAUCUUUUCCUUUUAUAAGCCUCAAAAGUUCUUUGAAUUUGCCGCGAAAAAAACUUGUACUUCCAGGUUUCGUCUUUACCCGUCUCUGAUUAGCCGAACGUGAUGACGUUUUCGAUCGUGUGUGAGAAAGUAAGCUGCUUCCGCGUUUCAUUCUGGAACGCAUGACGUCUACACUCCUAUAUAUAAGGCUCUGUGUCUCCAAAAACGCUUCCGCGUUCCACCGUGGAACGCACGCUGAUCCAGGCAACCAAUAGGUUGAGAAGAAAACCGAGCGUCCCAGAGUGGGACGAAGGAAGCCCACUUAUAUUCUAUGUACAGGCAGAAUAUAUAAACUAUGAAAAAUAUAUAUCCAUAAUAUAACCAUAAACAAGAAUAAUAUAAUUGAAACACCGAAAAAUAAAUCACAUGAUUAUAAAUCAAACAAUUUCAUGUAUAUACAUAUGUAUAGCACAAUAAACACAUAUUACCCACAUGGGGGUGAAUAUAUACGUGCACACUGCAUGCAUAUACACAUGUAUAUUACAAUAAGUGCAUAUCACCCAUAUGGAGGUAAACACACAUAUAACACAAAAAGAUAUAUGUAUAAUAAUAAUAAAAAAUUAUAAAAAAAUACAUGUAUAUAUAUAUAUAUGUAUCAGGAUAAAUAUGUACUAUCCACAUAAAUGUGGCUAUCAUAGUUAUUAACCUGACAUAUAGAAAAAUAUAACAUAAAAAUGGGGUAUCUAAAAACCUCAAAAGAACUCAAAAGCCACUUAGACUAUAAGGAGGGGUGUAGAUUCUAAUUAAAGGAGCCCCACCAAAUCAAUAUCCCGAUUGAGCCCUAUCUUCAGAGUUUUUAGUGUAUAAAUCCAAAAAGCUUCCUUUUUAUCUAAAUCAUUAAUUUUACUUCCUCCCCUCCAGUUUUUUGUGACCUGGUCUAUGCCAAUAGCAAUAAACGUAGACCAUUUGAACAUACUGCAAGAAUUACAAUGAUUAGGAACACUAUGUUCCACCUUAUGUGUCCUAAUAUUAUUAAAGUGUUCGCGAAGUCUGAUGUGCAGAGUUCUAGUGGUCCGUCCGAUAUAUUGGGCACCGCAUCCGCAUUGUAAAAGAUAAAUUACAUAUGUGGAUGUGCAAUGUAUACAUUUUUUUAUGUUAUAUGUCUGAUUAGUGUUAGAUCCUAUAAAAUAUAUGGUUCCACAUUUAUGAAAACCUGGAGUUUUUUGGGAUUGUAGAAAAUUUAAUUUUGGACUUUUUAUCAAUUUUGGUAAAAGACUGGGUGCCAAUUGGUUUUUAAAAUUAUCUGCUUUCUAUAUAUAACUACAGGCUUUUCUGGUAUCUUUAAAAAUGAAUCUCUAAAAUUUAAUCUUUUUUCAAAAUGGCCCAAUGUUUUUUGAGGAUUUUUUGUAUUUUCUUGGCCUAUACUUAGUGAUGAAAGCAAAAUCCAUAUAUCCACUAUUGGCUUUAUUUUUACGUCUAGUGUUUUUGUCCAUUAAGAAUUCUGUACUAUCUCUACUCCUUAUUUUUAUGAUGUCUUUUUCUAUUUCGUAUUAGUUUUGAUUGCUCUUCAAACAUCUGAACAUUAGAACAGUUUCUCCUCAUUCGGGUUAUUUGGCCCUUCGGAACAUUAUUGAGCCAUACUGGAUGGUGUAAACUGGUCCUUUUUAUAGCUGUAUUACAAUCAGUCUUUUUAAAAAAGUUUUGGUAUUGAGAGUCUCGUUUUAUAUAUAGAGAGUUAAGUCCAAAACGUCUAUAGUCUUCAUAUGGAUGUUGGAGGUAAAAUUUAGGUUAUAUUGAUUUAAAUUUAUAGUUUCAAUAAAUUUCUCCAAACUUUUGAGGCUUAUAAAAGGAAAAGAUUUUUGGACUGUAUUUUAUAUCCCUGAAGAAGUCUAUAAGACGAAAAGCGUUGGAUACAAGCCAGAACUAUUUGCUCUUGGUUCUUCAUUGCUUUUAUUAUUUAUUAUUUAUAUUAUACUUUUUAUUUUUUACCACAGAGGGACUCCAUCUCCUUGGUACCACUUGUUAGUGGAGAUAUGCUGAUUUAAUCUUCAUUUGAUGAUUUAUAUUUUAGAUCUUCUGAAGAAUUGUGUUUUAUUACAUACAGGUUGUAUGUUUCAUGAUAUUUGUUUGCUACCCCUUUAAUCUAUACUAUCACUUGUUGGUGUGGUAUAGAUUUAUCUUUUUGUUGAAUACUAGUUAAGCAAAGUUAGUUCCAGCUGAAGUGGUAGAGGUUAACACAGUAAAGGAGUUUAAGCAUGCGUGGGAUAGGCAUGUCAGGGUACCUGUUGGUGAUGUAUCCAGGGAGGACAUCCUCUCUGCUUAGGGGCUCCCUUCCCUUAGCAUUUCGGCAUAUUUCGGCCGUUUUCGCGCCGGCCGCGCUAGCUCCUCCCCCUUUUAUGACGCGACGGCUAGCGUCGACGUCAUGACGUCGGCAUUUGCAUAAAGUGCCGGGAACCGCUAUUCCGGACCUUUUGGGGGCGUGGUCUCUAUUUAGGUACAGGGUAUUUAAAGGAAACCUUUACUACUGCUCAUUGCCCUGUCGUGGUUCUAGCUUGCUAGUCACUCAGCGCGUUCUUUAUCUUGUGUUUCCGGUUUUGACCCUUGCUUGUCUUUUGUCCUGUUGUCCUCUCCUCUCCUUUGACUCGGCUUGUAUCUCGCUUACCUGUCCUCCGGCUCCCUUGACCUCGGCUUACCUUUUGACUAUUCUUGCUUGUCCUUACGUUAGUCCGGCCAUUCUAAGGUCCGGUAUACGUACCUCCUUCUGUGCGCACUCUGCGUAUUGGAUCCCUGUCAGUUUCCUGACAUUACGACAGGGCCAGAUGGAUCCUGCAGGUGCUAGUCCUCCUGACCCCAGAUUUGAGGCCAUGGACCAUAGAAUGGACCAAAUGGCUUUAGCGCUACAAACUUUGUUGACACGCUCCAGUACCCAGUCUGAAGAAAUACGUUCCACUGCUAGCCACUCGCUAAGUACUGGUUUGGAAGUAGCCACUGUAGGCGCAUCUUCCCAUGUCACGUCACCAUUACGAUAUGGGGGUUCGCCUGAUGCUUGUCGUGGUUUUUUAAACCAGAUAAGUAUACAUUUCGAACUACAACCCCGGGCUUACCCCACUGACAGGGCUAAGGUAGGCUUUAUUAUAACCCUGCUAAUAGAUAAAGCACUUAGAUGGGCCAAUCCCCUUUGGGAGAAUGACAAUCCUUUAGUCUACAACUACACUGCGUUUGUCACGGCUUUUAGAAGAACCUUUGACCCCCCAGGGAGGAAGAUUAAUGCGGCCAGAUCCCUGUUACGCCUUAAACAACAAGAUAGGACCCUUGUAGAAUAUGCUCUAGAGUUUAGAUCAUUGGCAGCAGAAGUGAAAUGGAACGAACAAGCUUUUAUGGAUGUUUUCUUGAAUGGGUUGUCUGAUGAAAUUUUAGAUGAAAUUGCCACAAGAGAACUUCCGGAAAAUUUAGAGGAUUUAAUAUCCUUCAUUUCCAGAAUAGAUGAACGCAUGAGACAGAGGCAGAACACUCGGGAAAGAGUUACUAGACUUCCUGUAAGACUCGCUCCCUCAUUUCAGAACCCUGACUCCUAUAAUCCUACUCCACCAGAACCUAUGCAAAUAGGUAAUACUCGCUUAUCUGAGGCUGAGAGACAGUACAGGAGAAGGGAGGGUCUCUGUUUAUACUGCGGGCUGAGAGGUCACUUACGUCUUAGUUGCCCUAAUCGUCCGGGAAACGCUCGCACCUAAGUUCCCUUAGAGGACGGGCCUUGGGUGUUUCAUUACUGUCCUCUAUGCAUAAUAAAAAAGACCAUAGGCUUCUGAUUCCUGUCUCUCUAGCUUGGGAAAAGGGGUUUAUUGCUACGAUGGCAUUAUUAGAUUCUGGAGCAGCAGAAAGCUUUAUAGACCAAACUUUCGCUAAUAAGCAUUGUAUCCCAUUCCAAUUGAGAGAUACACCCUUGGCCGUUGAGGCCAUAGAUGGUAGACCUUUAUCUGAACCAGUAAUAUUCCAUGAGACCGAACCCGUUAAGCUUACUGUUGGUAUUUUCCACGAAGAGUUGAUUUCCCUUCUGUUAAUUUCCUCCCCGGCAGUCCCAGUGGUUCUAGGAUAUUCUUGGCUCAAGAGACACAACCCUCAGAUUGACUGGGAGGGUGGAGAAAUCGUUUCUUGGGGUAUGGGUUGUAGGGAAGAAUGUCUGCAGAGAGUUACUUCUGUUUGCCCCGUAAACUCUUAUGCUAACACUUCUCAAUCCACAGACGUUCAGAUACCAUUACAAUAUCUAGACCUCAAAUCUGUAUUUGACAAGGGUAAGGCGGAUACUUUACCUCCCCACCGGUCUUAUGACUGUUCUAUUAAACUUUUCCCUGGUACUAUGCCUCCCAGGGGUACGGUAUACCCUCUAUCCACCAAGGAAAACUUAGUUUUAGAGGAAUAUAUCAAGGAGAAUUUAGACAAGGGAUUUAUUAGAAAGUCUUCUUCUCCGGCGGGGGCGGGUUUCUUUUUUGUAGAAAAGAAAGACGGUACCUUACGCCCUUGUAUAGACUAUCGGGGAUUGAACAAAAUUACUAUCAGAAAUGCUUACCCUAUUCCUUUGAUUACUGAACUCUUUGACAGACUAAAGGGUCGAGUAUUUUUACUAAACUUGACUUAAGAGGAGCAUAUAACUUAGUGCGAAUUAAACAAGGAGAUGAAUGGAUGACAGCAUUUAAUACCCGUUACGGGCAUUAUGAGUAUACCGUAAUGCCGUUUGGGCUUUGUAACGCCCCGGCCGUCUUCCAAGACUUGAUCAAUGAAGUUCUUAGAGAAUUCCAACAUGAAUGUGUAAUUGUAUAUUUGGAUGAUAUAUUAAUCCAUUCUAGAGACAUUAAUUCACAUCAUAGACAAGUCAGAAAGGUAUUACAGAAACUUUUACAACAUGGAUUGUAUUGUAAAUUGGAAAAAUGUAGCUUUGACCAGUCUCAGGUAACUUUCUUAGGUUACGUAAUUUCCAAAGACGGGUUUAUGAUGGACCCGACCAAACUAAAAUCGAUUUUAGAUUGGCCUUUACCUAAGGGACUCAAAGCCAUACAAAGAUUUCUUGGAUUUUCUAAUUAUUACAGACGUUUUAUUAAAGGGUACUCCUCUGUUAUCGCUCCUAUCACUAAUAUGACCAAACAAGGAGCCGAUACCAAAACCUGGUCUACUGAGGCUUUAUCUGCUUUCGAAACGCUCAAACAGUCUUUUGCCUCAGCACCUGUAUUAGUUCAUCCUGAUACCUCUCUACCCUUUUUACUUGAAGUUGAUGCGUCUGAAACAGGGAUAGGCGCAGUGUUAUCCCAAAGACAAAGUUUAGAUAAGCCGCUGCACCCUUGCGGUUUUUUUUCCAAGAAACUAUCACACACUGAAAGGAGAUAUGACAUUGGUGAUAGAGAACUUUUAGCUAUCAUUAUGGCAUUAAAGGAAUGGAGACAUUUGUUAGAGGGCACCGUCCUCCCAGUUACUAUCUUGACUGACCACAAGAAUUUAUCGUAUAUGGGGGAGGCCAAAAGAUUAUCUGCCAGGCAGGCACGUUGGUCUAUGUUCCUUACACACUUUAAUUAUGUGCUUACUUACAGGCCUGGUUCUAAGAACACUAAGGCAGACGCUUUGUCACGUCAGCACGAACCUACCACCUCUACAGAGGAUACUUUGUUCCCUAUUAUUCCUGAAGUCAAUAUUAUCGCCAACACCAAUGUCAAAAUACACUCUCCAUUGCUCGCUGAUAUUCAGAACGAACAAUCUCUUGCUCCCGAACGUACUCCUGUGGGCCGCUUGUUCGUGUCUCCCAAAUUCCAAGUGGACAUUAUUCGCUGUUUCCACGAUAGCAAGAUCGCUGGUCACCCCGGCAUCCACAAAACUUACUGCCUGAUCUCCAAAGACUUCUGGUGGCCCGGUUUACGUAGGGAUGUGGAAGACUUUGUCAAGGCUUGCAAUGUUUGUGUCAGGAAUAAACUUCCGCGGGAUCUCCCUUGUGGUUUAUUGCAGCCCUUAGUCGUUCCCAACAAACCUUGGGCUUGUUUGGCUAUGGAUUUUAUUGUUGAUCUACCAGCUUCCAAUAGGCAUACAGUUAUCCUCACGGUCCUUGACAGGUUUACUAAAAUGGCUCAUUUCGUUCCCUUGCCUAAACUUCCGUCCUCCCCCGAACUGGCCGUGAUAUUUGCUAGAGAAAUUUUCCGUUUACAUGGUAUUCCCAAUGAGAUUGUGUCAGACAGGGGUUCCCAAUUUAUUUCCCGUUUUUGGAGAUCCUUCUGUUCACAGUUGGGCAUCAAACUGAAUUUUUCUUCGGCCUAUCAUCCCCAAUCUAACGGAGCAGCCGAACGCACUAACCAAAAAAUUGAGCAAUAUCUACGUUGUUUUGUUUCUGAACACCAGGAUGACUGGGUCGGUCUGAUUCCUUGGGCGGAGUUUGCUCACAACAACCUUGUUUGUGGUUCCACUCGUAAUAGCCCCUUUUUCUUGAACUAUGGCUUUAACCCUACUGUUCUUCCGUCGGUGUCUCCUUCCCAGGGUAUACCGUCGGUUGAUAUUCAUAUAGCCAACCUGAGAAAGUUGUGGGAUCAGACUCGACAAAUUCUUGAACGUAGUUCCGCGGUGUUUAAGUCACAUGCUGAUAGGCGUAGACGUCCUGCUCCUAUUUUUUCUCCGGGGGAUAGGGUCUGGUUGUGUACCAGACACAUUCGCCUGAAAGUUCCUUCCUUGAAGUUUGCUCCUCGUUACAUUGGUCCUUACAGGGUACUGAGGAGGAUCAACCCGCUUUCUUAUUUGCUGGAUCUACCUCCUACUCUACGCAUCCCUAACUCUUUUCAUGUGCCGUUAUUGAAACCUCUUGUUUGUAACAGAUUUUCCUCCCGCUCUGCUCCUCCAUCCUCGGUCCGUGUGGAUGGUCAGGAGGAAUAUAUCAUCAAGUCCAUCCUUGAUUCUCGUAUUUCUAGGGGGAAGCUGCAAUACCUCAUAGACUGGAAAGGUUAUGGUCCUGAAGAGAGGUCUUGGGUUCCUGGUAUAGACGUGCAUGCUCCUCGUCUUCUUCGGGCCUUCCACGUUCGUUUUCCUUCUAAGCCAGGUCCCAUCCGCCCGGUGGGCGUUUCUAGAAGGGGGGGUACUGUCAGGGUACCUGUUGGUGAUGUAUCCAGGGAGGACAUCCUCUCUGCUUAGGGGCUCCCUUCCCCUAGCAUUUCGGCAUAUUCCGGCCGUUUUCGCGCCGGCCGCGCUAGCUCCUCCCCCUUUUAUGACGCGACGGCUAGCGUCGACGUCAUGACGUCGGCAUUUGCAUAAAGUGCCGGGAACCGCUAUUCCGGACCUUUUGGGGGCGUGGUCUCUAUUUAGGUACAGGGUAUUUAAAGGAAACCUUUACUACUGCUCAUUGCCCUGUCGUGGUUCUAGCUUGCUAGUCACUCAGCGCGUUCUUUAUCUUGUGUUUCCGGUUUUGACCCUUGCUUGUCUUUUGUCCUGUUGUCCUCUCCUCUCCUUUGACUCGGCUUGUAUCUCGCUUACCUGUCCUCCGGCUCCCUUGACCUCGGCUUACCUUUUGACUAUUCUUGCUUGUCCUUACGUUAGUCCGGCCAUUCUAAGGUCCGGUAUACGUACCUCCUUCUGUGCGCACUCUGCGUAUUGGAUCCCUGUCAGUUUCCUGACAAGGCAUAAGGCUAUCCUAACUAUAAGAUAAGGCCAGGGACUAAUGAAAGUAUUUAGAAAAUUGGGCAGACUAGAUGGGCCGAAUGGUUCUUAUCUGCCGUCACAUUCUAUGUUUCUAUGUUAGUUUUGCCUAGGUAAAUGGUGUUUAACCCCUUAAGGACACAUGACAUGUGUGACAUGUCAUGAUACCCUUUUAUUCCAGAAGUUUGGUCCUUAAGGGGUUAAUGCUAAUGCUUAAUGCUUUUUUCCAGAAAUAUAUUUGCUUACCACAUAUACAUACUAUCGCUUUUGUUUAUAUACUAAAAUCAUUUAUGUAUUCAUUAUACAAUGGUGGUUCACAUUCAUUUAGCUAAUUUCUCAAGUAUAACUAGAAAAUGUUGGAUGUUGAUCAGUUGCAAAUGCAAUUAGUCAGACAGAAUGGAAGCUGGUGAUUAUGGGUAUCUUAUAAUUUGAAUGGACAAUGUCAGUACUUACAUGAAACAUUAUGACCUCUUGCUUCCUCCCUGCAGAUCCGUUACAUCACCGAAACCCAGGGUUUGCCCCCUGAGGACAUGCUCAACAGGGGACCAAAGACCCUUCUGUACUUUGAAAAAGAAAGAUAUUCCCCGUAUUCAUGGAUAUUGAAGGUGAGACCUUAUAUAUUGAUAUAAUAUAAAAAUCGAGACAAGAGGUUAAGCAAAUCCUACAAUAUUAUGAUAGUCCUAGCACAGGAUCUGCCAUUAAGUAGUUAAAGUUUUACACACUGACAUUCAGUAAUUUGGCAGUUUGGAUUUGAUAAAGCAUAGAUAACUGUUCCUCCAUAAAAACGUUUAACUACCACACACCCCCCACAUCCCCUUUUUCAGUCCAUUUUGAAGCCAUUUUAAAAAUCAGCUUUUACAAUAACACAAUGUUAAAAAAAAAAAAGAACAGUUUAGACUUGGGGGAAAGCUGGCGAGUAAGUUAAUGACAAGACAUGUUUGUUAGUUCCGUCCCUACAUUAAUAAGAAAAUCAUUGUGACUUUUUAGAAUGCCUCAGAAACUAAUUGAGCAUCUAUGUUUUUACUCUAGACUACAGUCUGCUACGAAAUUGAGUCUGGUAUUCAACCAAUAGAAAGAAGGAAAUAUAUCUUCAGUUGUCUUGAUGACUUGGAAAAGGUACUAUAUUCCUGGGGCUCUCAAAAUGACCUAAAAUAGAUUACAUGGCAUCUUCCCCACAACCAUGUAUUAUUGUCUAUGAUUUUCUGGAUAGGCAGAAAAAAAUAUUUUAAAACUGGUUGGUUGGUCUAGCACAGAAGAGAUGGUGGAGCAAUCUCUUUGUGCUUAACUUUGCAUGUGAGGAGCAAAAGCGUGGGGUCCCGAAAACAUUGUGCACCUCAAGAUAACCACAUUCUAAAACUUUUAUCAUCUCUGCUCAUAUGUACCCAAUUUAAAAUAGUUACAUGUUUUUUCCUCUUUCUUUUCAAUGAUUAUUUUUAAAAUAUAGUUGGUUGGUUCCGAUAUAUCAUAAAAUUAGAACCCCUUUCUUGUUUUUCACAUUCUUAACUUGUCUUCAUAUAUCUAUCUUGUAACAUGAGUCUGAAGAUGUGUCUGGUUACUAUUUACCACUUAUCCACCACUAUAGAAGCUAUGAGUUUAAGAGAACUGAGAAGGAACCAGGCAACUUACUGUACUCUCUGCAUUCUCCUAAUGUUGACCCUAAGAUACUAAUUUUUAAAAAAAAACUUUUUUGCAUUUAUUUAUGAAUACAGACCUUACUAAAAAUAUAAUCUUCUCACACUUUGUGUUUCUCAUCAGGUAAAUUUACUGUCAGAGCAAGAAAUCAGUGGCAUGACAGUGGAGAUGAAAGACAUGUGGCAGUGUCUUGAUUUGAUCAAGAAGAUGCUUACUAUAGAUCCCGAGAAGAGGAUAACACCCAUAGACCUUCUCAGCCACCCCUUUAUCACCAUGGAUCAUCUCCAGCACUUCUCACAUAGUUCAUAG